AUGGAGCCGGGGCUGCGGAGAGCACUCAUCCGAGUGGCCCCUUCUCGCGACACAGCCAUGCAAGUGCCGGCGGACUCGGUGGCCAGCCAUGUGGGGACCACCAGCCGCAGCCACUUCUAUUUUACCACGGCCACGCUGGCACUGUGCCUCGUCGUCACGGUGGCAACCAUCAUGGUGUUGGUAGUUCAGAGGACGGACCCCAUUCCCAACCCACCAGACAACUUCCCUCUUAAAGGAGGAAAUUGCUCAGAGGACCUCUUGUGUAUCCUGAAAAAGGCUCCAUUCAAGAAGUCAUGGGCCUACCUCCAAGUGUCAAAGCAUCUAAACCAAUCCAAGUUGUCUUGGAACAAAGACGGCAUUGUCCACGGAGUCAGAUAUCGAGAUGGGAAUCUGGUGAUCCAGUUCCCAGGUUGGUAUGUCAUCGUUUGCCAACUGCAGUUUCUCAUGCAAUGCCCAAAUCAUUCUGUCGACCUGAAGUUGGAGCUUCUCAUCAACGAAGAGGUCAAAAAACAGGCUCUGGUGACAGUGUGUGAGUCUGAAGUGCAAACAAAAAACAUAUACCAGAAUCUCUCUCAGUUCUUGCUGGAUUACCUGCAGGCCAACACCACCGUAUCAGUCAAUGUGGAUAAAUUCCAGUAUGUGGACACAGACACCUUUCCUCUUGACAAUGUGUUAUCCAUCUUCUUAUACAGUAGUUCAGACUGA